AUUUGAAACUAUUAAGAAACGGACCGUAAGGACCUUCAGAUUUGGAAGAAUUAACGGAAUUCCUGAAUUAACGAACAAAAAAGAAUCAAGAGAAUUUUCGAAAAAAGUAAAGGGAAAUUAUUGGAGAACUACGACAUGUUGGUAG